GGUAAACGUCACAGCUUGCCGAGAAAGCAGCGAGCGCGCGCCACACUUCCUCAAUCGACGGAAUCACAGAGCGAAAAAAGCAGACGGAGAGAAAAGAGCAACUUCUCGUUCGUUGCCGCGGUGAACAAAAAGAAGCAGCGCCGAGUUUGCAGGGCGAGGUGACCUUGGUACUCAUCACCAUGGCUCCUUUCUUGAGGAUUGCCUUUAAUUCGUACGACUUGGGCGUUCUGCCUUCUCUGGUCGACCCGCCGUUCUGUGCAAUCAAGAUGAAGGAGGCCUUGACAACUGAACGAGGCAAGACCCUGGUUCAGCGGAAACCCACCAUGUACCCGGCGUGGAAGGCCAGUUUUGAUGCACACAUCUAUGAAGGUCGUGUGCUUGAGGUACUACUGAUGAAGACGGCGGAGGAGCCGCUUGCUGAGGUCACCGUUGGUGUGUCUGUCCUUGCUGAGCGCUGCAAGAAAGCCAACGGGCGUGCUGAAUUCUGGGUGGAUCUCCAUCCUUCUGGGAAAGUGAUGAUGGCAGUGCAGUAUUUUCUGGAAGGAGGGGAUACAGAGAGUAAGCAGGCUGCAAAAGAGGAAGAGGCUCCUACCUUGAACCGUAGACGAGGAGCCAUCAAGCAGGCCAAGAUCCACUUCAUAAAGAACCACGAGUUCAUCGCCACAUUCUUCAGACAGCCCACUUUCUGCUCUGUGUGCAGAGAAUUUGUCUGGGGACUCAACAAGCAAGGCUAUAAAUGCAGACAAUGCAAUGCAGCCAUCCACAAGAAAUGCAUAGACAAAAUCAUCGGCAGAUGUACCGGUACUGCUGCCAACAGUCGGGAUACUGUGUUCCAGAAGGAGCGCUUUAAAAUUGACAUGCCACACCGUUUCAAGACCAACAACUACAUGAGUCCAACCUUCUGUGACCACUGUGGAAGUCUGCUGUGGGGUCUAGUCAAACAAGGCCUCAAGUGUGAAGAUUGUGCCAUGAAUGUCCAUCAUAAGUGUCAAGAUAAAGUAGCCAACCUUUGUGGGAUCAACCAGAAACUACUAGCUGAAGCACUUACACAAGUCAGCCAGAAAUCAUCCACUCGCCGUUCAGAUCCAAACCUGCCUAAUCUGUCUGAUAUUGGAAUCUACGAUGAAGUUAACAAGCUUGCUGGCCUGGAUGUCAAUGAUGGGUCUACCUAUGGCAGACUUUGGGAGGGGUCCAGCCCACGGCCUCAGUCUCGUAUUACCCAUUUGACCCGCAUCAAUGUGGACAACUUCAUCUUCCACAAGGUCUUGGGAAAAGGCAGCUUUGGCAAGGUUCUCCUGGCAGAGCUGAAGGGUCAUGGAGAGUACUUUGCAGUGAAGGCACUGAAGAAAGAUGUUGUGCUGAUGGAUGACGACGUGGAGUGCACGAUGGUGGAGAAGAGAGUCUUGGCUUUAGCCUGGGGAAACCCUUUCCUCACACACCUUUACUCCACCUUCCAGACCAAGGAGCAUCUGUUCUUUGUAAUGGAGUAUCUGAACGGAGGAGACCUGAUGUUUCAUAUUCAGGAGAAAGGGCGCUUUGAACUCUACAGAGCCACGUUCUACUCUGCUGAAAUCAUUUGUGGUCUUCAGUUCUUACAUACCAAAGGGAUCAUCUACAGAGAUCUUAAGUUAGACAAUGUGAUGCUCGACCACGAGGGACACAUAAAGAUUGCCGACUUCGGCAUGUGCAAGGAGAACUUGUUUGGAGAGAAUCGUGCGACAACUUUCUGUGGUACUCCGGACUAUAUCGCUCCAGAGAUCCUGCUGGGACAGAAAUACUCCUUCUCUGUUGACUGGUGGUCAUUUGGGGUGCUGCUGUAUGAAAUGCUGGUUGGUCAGUCACCUUUCCAUGGAGACGAUGAGGAUGAGUUGUUUGAGUCCAUCCGCAUGGAUACUCCCCACUAUCCUCGCUGGAUCAAUAAGGAGGCGAAGGAACUCCUGGAGCGGUUGUUCGAGAGAGACCCCACUCGCAGGCUAGGAAUCGUGGGUAAUAUCCGUUUACAGCCCUUCUUCAAGGCCAUUAACUGGCAGGCUUUGGAAAAUAGAGAGAUUGAACCCCCCUUCAAACCCAAAGUGAAAGCACCAAAUGAUUGCAGCAACUUCGAUCGUGAGUUCCUCAGUGAGAAGCCUCGUCUCUCCUACAGCGAUAAGAACUUCAUAGAUUCCAUGGAUCAGUCGGCAUUCUCCGGCUUUUCAUUCAUCAACCCUAAGAUGGAGCACCUUUUAGAAAAGUGACCGUUCUAAUAAUAGUCAGACCUGGGUUACAUUCCUACUGUUUCCGGACAGUUCUCUUAUUCUGUUUUAUUGUUAAACUUGCAAAUGAGUUAGCUGCUCCACAAUCAGUAUUUUUGUGACCUUUUAAGCACAAACUAUUCUCCUUGGGUACGUGUAGAAAUGAGUACGAGUAGAAGCGGGCCCUUAUACUGUAUAUAUUGAUGUUAUUGUGUUUGUGUGCAUGCUUAUUAUUUGUUUAGGUUGUGAAGGCCUAUAUGAGUAAUAAUAUUAGGGCGGGAGGUUGAAACUCCUUUUACAAUCCACUUGACGUCACUGCGACCAUCCGCAGCCAUCUUGUGUCCCUUUUCAUAAAAUUCAGUUCAACCCAACUGAGGAUGAAACAUUAUGUGGAUGGAAGGAAACCUGUAGGAAUAAAUUAUGCUGUAUACUUCAAAUGUAGAUGUGUGGAUGAGGCGACUGCAUGUACAGAGACCAGACCAACAAAAACCUAUCCAUCUUUAAAUUUAGAUUAAUAAUGAAUAUUAUUUGUCUUUGAAACAUCUGAAUUCUUGCCUUUGACUGGAUAAAACAUGUCUUGGUGACAAAGGAGAACUUUGUGUGAUUGACUCAACAGUGCCAUGUAAAGAACAAAUGUAAACAGAGAAACAGCUAGUCUCAGCUGUACUGAAAGGUCCUGUCUGUUGAUAGGGGCAGACUGCACGCAGUUGGGGGUGCAGGAAGUUCAAUAAAGGUACGUGACUUCAAACAAUGAGUGGGAAGUCACUGAAAUGCUGUAUAUAGACAAUGUAUGUAUAUUGUAACAUGUAUAUUGGUUCACUAAGGAUGUACUUUUUUUACUGUCUCCAUCUUUUACAUCUGAUUAAAACAUCAACUCCCAA